ACCAGCCAUGACUCCUUCGCUUCUCCUCUCCCUCCUGCUGGUGGCGGCGAGGUGCUGCCAUGGCUGGUCGUCGUUCCAGAAGCCGGCGGUGACUGCGGUGAUCGCUUUCGGAGACUCCAUUGUGGACCCGGGGAACAACAACGGGCUGCAUACGGUGAUCAAGGCCAACCAUCCGCCCUACGGCAAGGACUUGUUCAACCACGAGGCCACCGGACGCUACUCCAACGGCCUCAUUCCAACCGACCUAAUUGCCCAGGAGUUGGGUGUGAAGCUGCUGCUUCCUGCCUACUUGGGCGUGGAUCUGAGCCCGGAGGACCUGCUCACCGGCGUCAGCUUCGCGUCCGGCGCCACCGGGUUCGACCCGCUGACUCCCCUCGUAGUGAGCGUCAUCUCGCUGGAGCAGCAGCUCGCCUACUUCGACGAGUACCGCGGCAAGCUGGUGGAUAUCGCCGGCGAGGAUGAGACGGCGAGGAUCAUCGACGGCGCGCUGUUCGUAGUGUGCGCGGGCACCGACGACGUGGCCAACACCUACUUCACGACGCCGUUCCGCAGCGCGGAGUACGACAUCCCGAGCUACGUGGAGCUGCUGGUGGGCGGCGCCGAGGAGUUCCUCCGCAACGUCAGCUCCAGGGGCGCCAGGAAGAUCGGCUUCGUGGGGAUGCCGCCCGUGGGGUGCGUGCCGUCGCAGCGGACGCUGGGCGGUGGCCUCGCCAGGGCGUGCGAGCCCAAGCGGAACGAGGCGGCGCAGCUGUACAACGCCAGGAUCCAGGAGAUGGUCGCCGACGCCGACCGAGACUUGGCGACGACCACGGUGGUGUUCCUGGACAUCUACCGCGUCCUGGACGACCUGAUGGAGCGCGGGGACAAGUACGGCUUCUCUGAGACCACCAGGGGAUGCUGCGGCACCGGCACCAUCGAGGUCACGGGACUCUGCGACUCCCGCUUCGUCUCCGUCUGCGACAACGUCUCGCAGCACGUGUUCUUCGACAGCUACCACCCCACCGAGAGAGCCUACAGGAUCAUCGUCAAGGACAUCUUUGACAACUACGGACAAGUGCUCAUCGGAUGAUAUAUAUAUCUACCUUGCUUGAGCGAUCGAGCAUGCAUGUUCAUCUUCUUCAUCUUUAUGUACGUUCGGCUAGCUGGCCCAAAGCCUCAAGGAGGCCCAUUUAUCUUCUUCUUACUCCUCCUCGCCCCAAGAAUAAUUAAUUGUAAGCAUGAUCUGCGGAAUCAGACGGGGAUGGUCUGGU